UCCCGCCCCUCUCCCGGCGGUCACCUGGGGCCGGGCGCAGCAGGUGUCUGGUCCCGCGCCCAGCGCCGGGGACGCGGAGCGCGAUCCGGAGCCCCGCCGCGCCGGGUGGCCCCAGGAGGUGGCGGCAGGGCCGAUCCCCUGAAUUCCAGAGGCGACCGCAAGGACACAGCCCGCGGAGGAAGGUCCUGCAGGCCGAAGACGUGCAAAUGACUCUGUUGUGAGUCAAGCCAUAAUGUCACUUACUGAAGAAUAAGAGCUUUGAAUUCAGACCUGAGCUUGAACUUCAGCUCCAACAUUUAUCAGUCAUCUGCCCUCAGGAAAUGUGCUUAUUUACCCCUGCAUCUGUUUCCUCAUGGGGAAAAAUAUUUACCUUUUGGGGAUUUUUGUAAAGGUGAUUAGAUAAAAGAGCUUAGUCACAUGGCAUCUGGAAUGCCACGUACCAAAAUCAAGAUCCCUAAAGGAAGUAAAACUGAGAUUAUCAGCCAAGAAGGACCUACUGGAGAAAGCACAGGAUGGAAGCUAAAAUGAAGCAGUGUUUUAUCGUAUGUACUUCAGCAGAUCUUCUGCAGUUCAGCUAAAACCAUGACUGCUCUUUCUUCAGAGAACUGCUCUUUUCAAUACCAGUUACAUCAAGCAAAUCAGCCUCUAGAUGGUAACUGUCUGCUGUUCUUGAUUAUACUUGGGAAAAUAUUACUGAAUAUCCUCACACUAGGAAUGAGAAGAAAAAUCAGCUAUCAAAAUUUUAUGGAAUAUUUUUGCAUUUCACUAGCAUUCAUCGAUCUUUUACUUUUAGUAAAUAUUUCCAUUAUAUUCUAUUUCAGGGAUUUUGUAGUUUUAGGCAUUAGGUUUACUAAAUACCACAUUUGCCUAUUUACUCAAAUUAUUUCUUUCACUUACGGCUUUCUGCAUUAUCCAGUUUUCCUGAUAGCUUGUGUAGAUUAUUACCUGAAUUUCUCUAAAACCACAAAGCUUGCAUUUAAGUGUCAAAAACUAUUUUAUUUCUUUAUAGUAAUUUUAAUUUGGAUUUCAGUCCUUGCUUAUGUUUUGGGAGAUCCAGCUAUCUACCAAAGCCUGAAGGCACAGAAUGUUUAUUCUUACCAGUGUCCUUUCUACAUUAGCAUUCAGAGUUACUGGCUGUCAUUUUCCAUGGUGGUGAUUUUGUUUAUGGCUUUUCUAACCUCUUGGUCAGAAGUUAUUGCCUUGGUACAGGCUGUUAGGAUGACUUCCUAUAUGAAUGAGACUAUCCUGUAUUUCCCCUUUCCAUCCCAUUGUGGUUAUACUCUGAGCUCUAAAAAAACGCUCUUGCCCAAGUUCAUUAUCUGUUUUCUCGGUACCUGGUUACCAUUUGUACUACUUCAAGUAAUUAUUCUUUUACUUAAAGUACAGAUUCCAGCAUAUAUUGAGAUGAACAUUCCGUGGUUGUACUUCAUCAAUAGUUUUUUGAUUGCUACAAUUUAUUGGUUUAAUUGUCACAAGCUUAAUAUAAGAGACAUUGCAUUACCUGUGGAUCCAUUCAUCAACUGGAAAUGCUGCUUCAUUCCACUUACAAUUCAUAAUCUCGAGCAAAUUGAAAAGCCUAUAUCAAUAAUAAUUUGUUAAUGUUGCCAUGUUAAAACUAAUUAAAACUGACAACUACAGUAAGAAUAAUAAUUUUACAAACGGGAAAGGACAAAAACUGAACUGAACUGAAGCUCCACUCCCCAGGCCCACCUUACAUACCUUUUCAGAAUGUGUCUUUGGGGCUAUGGCAGCAAAACCAAAUAAUUCCAAGAGAAUUUUGCAUGUUACCCAAAAAACUACUGGAUGCAAACAUGUUAUAUAAAUCUGAGAUUCUCUGCCAAUACUAUACAAGUGUAAAUAAACAUUGUUAUUGAAUUCAAAGCAAGGAAAUCAA